CGCCAAAAUAAUCCCACGUCUAGACUGUUAGCUUCUUUCCUGGGCAGCAGCCCUUCCCGCCCCCCCACCUUCCUCCAGGUUUGUUCCUGGGAGGGGUUGGGGGGGUCUCGGGCAUCGAAUGCACACCAGGACCUUGCAGGCUGGUGAAGAGGUGCCCCAGCUUGCCCAGGAGGUGGUCUGCAGGUGGGAAGGGAUGACCGCACGGCGGCUUUCAGGAGCUGGGGACUAGAAAAGUUGACACAGAUACGCCUGUUGUCACCACCUCGCCUUCGGAAGGGGGUUUGUCUCCUUGGUUCCCAGGGGCCAUGAGGAAGCCUCGCCGAAAGUCACGGCCGAAUGCCGAGGGCCGGCGUUCCCCGUCCCCGUACAGUCUCAAGUGCUCACCCACCCGAGAGACCUUGACGUACGCCCAGGCCCAGCGGAUCGUUGAGGUGGACAUCGACGGACGUCUCCAUCGCAUCAGCAUCUACGAUCCCCUCAAGAUCAUCACGGAGGAUGAGCUGACGGCUCAGGACAUCACCGAGUGCAACAGUAACAAGGAGAACAGCGAGCAGCCCCAGUUCCCCGGCAAGUCCAAGAAGCCUACGUGCAAGGGCAAAAAGAAGGAGUCCUGUUCCAAGCACGCCUCUGGCGCCUCCUUCCACCUGCCGCAGCCCAGCUUCCGCGUGGUGGACCCAGGAUGCCAGCCAGAAGCCCUCCCGCUGCCCGCCGCUUACUACCGCUACAUCGAGAAGCCUCCCGAAGACCUGGACGCCGAGGUGGAGUACGACAUGGAUGAGGAGGACCUCGCCUGGCUGGACAUGAUAAACGAGAAGCGGCGAGUCGACGGGCACAGUCUGGUCUCAGCGGACACCUUCGAGCUGCUGGUGGACCGGCUUGAGAAGGAGUCGUACCUGGAGAGUCGCAGCAGCGGGGCCCAGCAGUCGCUCAUCGACGAGGACGCCUUCUGCUGUGUGUGCCUGGACGACGAGUGCCACAACAGCAACGUCAUCCUUUUCUGUGACAUCUGCAACCUGGCCGUCCACCAGGAGUGCUACGGCGUCCCCUACAUCCCCGAGGGCCAGUGGCUGUGCCGCUGCUGCCUGCAGUCUCCCUCGCGGCCCGUGGACUGCGUCCUGUGCCCCAACAAGGGCGGUGCGUUCAAACAGACCAGUGACGGCCACUGGGCCCACGUGGUGUGUGCCAUCUGGAUCCCUGAAGUCUGCUUUGCUAACACCGUGUUCCUAGAGCCCAUCGAGGGCAUCGACAACAUCCCUCCUGCCCGCUGGAAACUAACCUGCUACAUCUGCAAGCAGAAGGGGCUGGGUGCUGCCAUCCAGUGCCACAAAGUGAACUGCUACACGGCCUUCCACGUGACGUGCGCGCAGCGGGCCGGCCUCUUCAUGAAGAUUGAGCCCAUGAGAGAAACCAGCUUCAAUGGCACCACCUUCACUGUGCGCAAGACUGCCUACUGCGAGGCCCACUCGCCAGGUGCCACCACAACCAGGAGGAAAGGCGACUCACCUCGGAGCCUCAGCGAGGCUGGGGACGAGGAUGGGCUGAAAGAGGGUGGGGGGGAGGAGGAGGAGGAGGAAGCAGCAGAGCAGGAGGAGCAGGAAGGCCAGGAUGGAGUGGGCAGCCCCCUCAAGGGAGCGCCCAGGAAGAACAAGCUGACUCUGAAGCAGAAGACCAAGAAGGAGCCAGACGAAGGCAGCCGAGACACACCCUCCACCGCUGUCCCAAUGGUCGCUGUCCCACAGAUCCCCUCUUGCAGGUUGAACAAGAUCUGCAGCGGCCUCUCCUUUCAGAGGAAAAGCCAGUUCAUGCAGCGCCUCCACAACUACUGGCUGUUGAAACGACAGGCGCGGAACGGCGUGCCCCUCAUCAGGCGCCUGCACUCCCACCUGCAGUCCCAGAGGAACGCUGCCGAGCAGAGAGAGCAGGACGAGAAGACGAGCGCCGUGAAGGAGGAGCUGAAGUACUGGCAGAAGCUUCGGCACGACCUGGAGCGCGCCCGGCUGCUGAUUGAGCUGAUUCGGAAGAGGGAGAAGCUCAAGCGGGAGCAGGUCAAGAUCCAGCAGGCCGCCAUGGAGCUGGAACUGGCGCCGUUCAACGUACUGCUCAGGACCACGCUGGACCUGCUGCAGGAGAAGGAUCCCGCGCACAUCUUUGCUGAGCCCGUCAAUCUGAGUGAGGUUCCAGAUUACCUGGAAUUCAUAUCCAAGCCAAUGGAUUUUUCUACUAUGAGGCGGAAGCUGGAGUCUCACCUGUACCACACCUUGGAGGAGUUUGAGGAGGACUUUAACCUUAUAGUUACCAACUGCAUGAAGUAUAAUGCUAAAGACACAAUUUUCCACCGAGCAGCUGUCCGCCUGAGGGACCUGGGAGGGGCCAUCCUGCGACAUGCCCGACGGCAGGCAGAGGACAUCGGCUAUGACCCCGAGAGGGGUACCCACCUGCCAGAAUCACCCAAAUUGGGAGACUUUUACCGCUUCUCCUGGGAAGAUGUGGACAACCUCCUCCUCCCCGAGAACCGCGCUCAUCUGUCUCCGGAGGUGCAGCUGAAGGAGCUGUUGGAGAAACUGGACCUCGUGAGCGCCAUGCGGUCCAGCGGAGCUCGCACCCGCCGCGUCCGCCUGCUGCGCCGGGAGAUCAACGCCCUUCGGCAGAAGCUGGCGCAGCCCCCGCCGCAGCCACCGUCCCUGAGGACAGCGUCCAACGGCGAGCUGCCGGCCGGGCCUCGGGGGGAUGCGGCUGUGCUGCAGCAAGAGGAGCCAGAAGACGACGGGGACAGAGAUGAUUCCAAACUGCCUCCCCCACCAACCCUGGAGCCCACCGGGCCUGCACCUUCCUUGUCUGAGCAAGAGUCCCCCCCGGACCCCCCCACUCUGAAGCCCAUCAGUGACAGCAAGCCGCCAGCCCGACUCCUGAAGCCCCGGAAGGCGGAAGAAGACGAGCUCUCAGAAAAGUCGCCCCUGCAGCUGGGCAGCGAGCCCUUGCAGCGCCUGCUCAGUGACAACGGCAUCCACAGACUCUCUCUCAUGACCCCUGACCCUGCCGCCGGCACUCCUCUUAGUGGCGUGGGUCGCCGCACAUCAGUCCUCUUCAAGAAAGCCAAGAACGGGGUUAAACUCCAGCGGAGCCCGGACAGGUCCCUGGAGAACGGCGAGGACCUCGAUAUGGCGGGCUCCCCUGACUCUGCGGCCAGCGUGGAGGACGAGCCGCAUGCCCGGAAGCGGCCAAGGAGCAGGAGCUGCAGCGACAGUGAAGGGGAGCGGUCCCCCCGGCCGGAGGAAGAGACAGGUGUCACCAAUGGCUUUGGAAAGCACACAGAAAGCGGGUCUGACUCGGAGUGUAGUUUGGGUCUCAGUGGAGGACUGCCGUUGGAAGCUUGCAGUGGUCUGACGCCUCCCAAACGCAGCCGUGGGAAACCAGCCCUGUCCCGAGUGCCCUUUCUGGAAGGUGUGAACGGAGACUUGGACCACAGCGGCUCAGGCAGAAGCCUCCUGAUGCCCUUUGAAGACCGCGGAGAACUGGAGCCCUUGGAGCUGGUGUGGGCCAAGUGCCGAGGCUACCCCUCCUACCCUGCCUUGAUCAUCGAUCCCAAGAUGCCCCGGGAGGGCCUUCUGCACAAUGGUGUUCCCAUUCCUGUCCCUCCCCUGGACGUGCUGAAGCUGGGGGAGCAGAGGCAGGCCGAGGCUGGCGAGAAGCUCUUCCUUGUCCUCUUCUUUGACAACAAGCGCACCUGGCAGUGGCUUCCAAGGGACAAGGUCCUGCCCCUGGGUGUGGAAGAUACCGUGGACAAGCUCAAGAUGCUGGAAGGUCGCAAGACCAGCAUCCGCAAGUCAGUCCAGGUGGCCUAUGACCGAGCGAUGAUACACCUGAGCCGAGUGCGGGGCCCCCACUCCUUUGUCACCUCCAGCUACCUGUAACGUGGGGCUGGACCGCCUCUGCCUGCCCGCCGCCCCUGCCUCUUCUGCUGGGUCAGAUGUCUGGCUGGCAGCUUCCCCUUCUCAUGGCAGGCCAGGGCUGGACUGUGUCGCUGCCAAGGGCAAGAUCCCAGUUUUGACCAAUCACAUGGUUCCCCUGGAGGGCCGCUGUGUGCCAAAAACUCCCCUCCGAGGUCCCCCAGGGGCGUCCCACUGAAGAACUGCUUAGACGGAGGAGCAGCUGAGCUUCUUGGCCCCAGCCAGGGACGCGGGCCUGGCCCGGAAGGCCAGAGGUCCUGGGCUUGCGCUCGAGGGGCUGCCUGGCUCCCCCCACGGCCCUCCCAGCGAGCCACACCUCAGGGUGAGCGAGGUUCUGACACCCAUCCCAGAGAUGUGCCAGGGUCCUCGGAGCCCACCAAGCUCUCCUUCGCCCCCUCGUCCCCCAUGCUCACUUCCUCCUCAUCCCCGGCCCGGCCCCCCCCCCCCAAUCCAUGUUCUUUACUUUCUUGUGCCAAACCGACAGCGACAUCACCAAACCAGUCUUUGCUUCAGUGUCUCAUCGUCCCUUCUCGCCUCGCUGCUGUGCUGCUGGGUGGGGGUCUGCCAGGCACCCCACGUCCUGGACAGAAGCCAGCCCACCCUGUGAGGACCCCGACCACCAGCACACCUUGCUCACACCCCCACACCCCCCAACUUCUGCUGCUGACACUGGCAUGGCUGCGUGCAUGUGCGCUGUGGACAGAGCGGGUCUUCUGCCCUCUGUCGUGGUGAGGCGGGCUGAGGCUCAGGCCGCGGGGCAGUGCCCCUCUCCAGCAUCGAGUGGGGGGUGUGCCCCUCACGUGCCCCUCCUUGCCACGCGUGUCUGCAGUUGCCUCGCUGCACCUGCCCCGGGCUCUGCUGCUCCUGCCUGGCGAAGCGGGAAUGAACACAGCCCUCGCCUUUCUUGGUGGUGGUCAGCUUCCUCCCUCCCUUCACCUCCUCAGCCUCCUCCUCACCCCCACCUUCUCCAAAAUGGAAGGAAAACAAAAACACAACACAACUGUGAAUGAGGAAUGCUGACUGACAAACCAACGCUCCGUUCAGAGGCUGCAGCGUCUGCCCUCUGGACGUUUCUUUUCACCUCUUAAGCACCAAAGUUGCAGGCCCGGGUUGCAGGCCACUGAUCGCCAUGUUGAUUUUUAACUUGAUGUUCUUUUUAAUUGUUUUAAAUUUUUCAUAGGGGAGUUUUGGACAAAACAAAGUCACUGGGGAGAUCACUGCCAUUUUUACAUACUCAACUUUUUAGAAAGUACAACCAACCACAUACCAACUUCUUACACACUUGGGACAUGAGCCAGAGUUUAAAAGGGAACCAACAAAACUAACAAGAAUGGCAUUUUGGAUUUUGUACCGUAAUGAAAACAAUACAGCAGCAUACGGCUAGGGAAGGACAUGGUGUAUAUAACUGUAAAAUACUGUCUAAAUUAUUCAGGCCUAUACUUUCCAUUACUGGAGUCCUCCAUUGCGCAGCCACGCGGUGUGGCGUACUUACAGGAGCCCACGCGUCCCCUCUCCCCAGGUAGUUGGUCAGCUGUGGACUCUGUGACCUUUGUCUAAACCUGUGUUGUAAGACCUCGGGACUUUCUCCCUCUCUUUCUCUUUCUGUAUCUAUCUUUCUCCAACACUUUUUCUCCGUCUUCUAUUUUUCAGUCUCUCCGAGGCUCAUUUUUGAAAAUGCUCUUUUGGAACGGGAACGGCUCGGACCCUGCUGUGGCCCAGGGCCUGCGGGUCUCUCUGAAAAGGGGCGUCCCAGACCCUGCUGUGCACGGGGCCUGCGGGUCUCUGUCUCGUCUGCUGUGAAGCACACAAUACCCUAUUUAUUGUAGAAAGUGACUUCAUUUGCUUUCUAGAAUUGUUUAUAACAGAUGGUAUAAAAGAGGUAAUAAACAGAAAAAUCUAUGCCUAUAAAGAAUACAGAAGUUAAUUUUACCUACUAUAAUAUGACUGUCGGAAACUUAUUUUCUCUCUGAGGAAUAAAUGUUCUACUGGGCAGCA